CAUAAAGUUCUAAUUUUAUUUAUAGUUUAAUUAAUGUAAAAUUUAAGUAUUCCACCGUUAAUAUGUAUAAAUUUUUCAAAGUGUUUCUGUACUCGUCCGCCAUUAGUAUUCUAUUGUUGUUGGACUAUAUUAAGGAGAUUGGUGUUGUGGAGUUGCUCAAGAAAUAUUGUUGUCGCACCGUCUGUUCUGUUGUUAAAACAAUAAAAGCAUCGGAAAUUGACUUGGAUUUUCCCUUGUUGCUGCGCGAAGGAACUUUCAUGGUGGUGGUUAUGAUGAUUAUACGUGCCCUUACAAAAGUUCGAGGUAAAGACAAAAUUGACAAACUCCUACAAAACAGCGAAGCAGUCAAGGAGGCCGACUAUUUCUUGGACAAGUGGCGCAUGAGAAAAGGCAACAACAAAUCAAAAAAUUCUUCGUAUUUAGCCGACGAACGAAUAGAAGUGCCAAUUCUACACAUGGCUUUUGUUGAGGCUACAAGCGACAGAAAUCAGUUUGAGCGAGGCGACGCGGCCGAUACUAUAUACAUGUCGGACACGACAGUUCUGUCCAUGUCGUCGCUUUUCGACGACGAUUUGUCUACGUUUUCCGACGAGAAAGACAUAAACUUCGAAGAAAGACGACUCUGGGAUUUCACCGAAGAGAAUUUUGGAUAAUUUUAAAUGUAACGUUUCACGUUUGGUAACUGUAACAAUAAAUGUAUUUAUUUCUG